UCUCCCACUCCCUCAGGCCAUUUCGACGCUUUCUACUGGGCUUGACAUUCAGCCUUUAUCAAACCAUACUGUGCUUCUUUCAUUUUUGCCUCAGCCGUCCAGCUCUUUAUCACAUACACCAACCGCGAGGACGCUAUCUGGAAAAACCCUCUCAUCAGAGCUGCCUUCAUCAUCGUCUGCGCCAUCUGCAACAUCAUGAACGCAGCACUGGUUUACAGGAAAGCUGUAAGAGACGAAGCAGCCCUUGGGCUCGUCGCGUCAGGGGUCGAUAACGUGACACAGGCACAGGUACAGGAGAAGACUGCUGGACGCGAAGCAGGAUACUGUCGUUCCCUGGUUUUUCGGAUUUCAUGGGCCAACCGGACAACCUCAAAAUAAGGAUGUUCUGCUCACCGUAUUACUUAGCUAUUUCUCCCAGUAACUAUUAUGCCCCAGAAAUCCUUACUUGCGGUAUUUUGAGCUUGAAAAAUGGUGCAUUGGGUGAGAUCCAACUUUUGUGCAAAGUAACGCACUUGUAACGCAGCUGUAACGUUCGAUCUCGAAGCCGAGGCUACCGAUGUGCGUAUUGAGCUCCGCUUGGUGUGUGGCACGAACGAUCAGUGAUCAGUGAAUUGGUGAAAUUUUACACCUAUUUUAUGCCGACCGCUGAUUCAAAACGGCAUGUGUGACAAUUAUGUGACUUUAGCGUUAUUCUGUGACAUCCGGUUGGCCCAUGAAAUCCGAAAAACCAGGGAACGACAGUAUAG